AGAAAACAUCACACGUUGCUCCAUGUAGAUUCCGACUCUUCCUCGAAACCCGCAGAGGUCACGGCGUCAACCGACACGCCGAAACAAAGUGAAACGCCCAGUAGCGAAUGUUUACGGCUGAAGAGAAUUCGAAUGCCAACUUCGGUUUCGGCCGUCGGGUGUGUAACUGCCGGGACGUAUCGAUAUGCCGCGCGAAUAACGAUCUCGCCGAAAGGUAAACAGACUCCGGCAUUCUCGACGACCGCAUUAAUUUUGAAAUCGCUAACGGCAUACGCGCCAAAACGUUUGCCGCUCAAGGCGACGUUGGCUCAUCUCGAGGAUCUCCCAUGGGCUGACCACGACCCCAUGAGCGCAGAUCCCAUUAGCAUUAUAGUGGGCGCGGAAUUGUAUAGCGCUCUCAUUAAAGACGGAAUUCGAAAAGGGGCGGUGGGACAGCCUAUCGCUCAAAAUUCGAUAUUGGGAUGGGUAAUAUCGGGACCUAUCACUUCUAGUCAGGUGGCCUCACAUGCCAUCUCGGUUGACUCGUCACACGAUCGACCUUCGUAUACUGUGAAUGCUCAUCACAGUCUCAAUUCCUUGUCGCUCGAUCAGGAACUCCGACGGUUUUGGGAGGUCGAAGAGAUUCCGCGAAAGAUGACUCUCACUCCCGAGGACGAAAAAUGCGAAGAGCAUUUUCGCCUCACUCAUUCGCGCUGUCCUGACGGACGCUAUAUUGUACGUCUUCCAUUUAAGGAAGGCCCUCCGAUCGAAAUCGGACCUUCUCGCGCUAUCGCCGAGAAAUAUCUUAACGGGUUAAUUCGGAGAUUCGAUGCUCAUCCUGCGCAACGGGACGAGUAUUCCGAAUUUCUUCGCGAAUAUGAAGCUCUCGGGCACAUGAGGGAAGUGCCCGCUUCCGACUCCAAUGAUACGCAAUGCGUUUUCAUUCCGCAUCAUCCCGUUAUCCGGGAAGACA